UCAUCCCAUUCUCAUAUACUUCAUUAGUUUAUCGUCUCUCUCUCUCUUCUACCUGGGAAUUUAAUCUGUGAUUAUGGAGCUUAGCUUUAAGCACCAAAUUGGCCUUGUUUGUAUCAUACUGCUCUUUCCUGCACUGUGUUACUGCCAGGAAUAUACUAAAUCGAGAGCAACCUUUUACAGUACUUCUGAUGGUUAUGGGACUCCAACGGGAGCUUGUGGAUUUGGCGAAUAUGGAAGGAAGAUGAAUUGGUACGAUGGAAGUGUGGCAGGAGUCUCUGGGCUGUGGAGGAAUGGAGUUGGCUGUGGGACAUGCUAUCAGGUAAAGUGCCUUAUAGAAAACCUAUGCGAUGAGAAUGGAGCAUACCUGGUGGCAACAGACCAGGGUUACGGAGACAACACAGACUUCGUGAUGAGCCCACGCGCCUUCACACAACUGGGACGUGAUGAGAAGGCUUACGAAGAGCUUAAGAAAUACGGUACAGUGGAUAUUGAAUACAGAAGGGUUCCAUGUACCUACACAGGCAACGUGGUGUUCUAUAUCAAGGAAACUAGCAGCAACCCUGGUUACUUUGCUGUGGUCAUUCUUAAUGUCAACGGAAUAAACGAUGUGACUGCGGUUGAAAUGUGGCAGUCUGGAGAAUGGAAGGCACUUAACAGGAACUAUGGAGCAGUGUUUGACUUUGCUAACCCUCCGAGUGGCGAGAUCAGGUUGAGGUUUAAGGUGAGUGGCAUGUCUGAUUGGGUGGACCCCAAGAUUGUCAUUCCUAGUUACUGGCAGCCUGGAAGCACUUAUGUCACCGAGGUUCAGCUUAAAUAGAAACAACAAUCUCAAGAACGUAUAUUGCAAAUAAUGGCACUCUUAUUCAGUUCGUUUCUGAUAGUGUGUGCCACUCUCUCUCAAGAACAAAUAUAUUGCAAAUAAUGGCACUGUUAUUCAGUUCGUUUCUGAUAAUGUGCCACUCAAUGUCCUCUUGUUAGAAAGGGGAUAUCCAUGUACUUCCCAUUUAAGAUUUCGUGUAAUACGAAUGAAAAUAAAUGUGUUUGUUUCGGAUAA